AUGUCUCUCAAGGCAAUUUCGGCAAAAGAUGCCGCCUCGCUCGACAAAGAUCUCAUGGACAUGGGCGGCUGGUCCCUCGACCAGUUAAUGGAGCUGGCGGGUCUUUCUGUGUCGCAAGCUGUUUGGAAAGUCCACCCCCUGAGUGCAGGUUCUAAUGUUCUCGUGGUGUGUGGACCCGGUAACAACGGCGGAGAUGGACUCGUAGCGGCCCGACACCUCGCACAAUACGGAUACAAACCAUCAGUCUACUACCCCAAAGAGGGCAAAAACGAGCUGUACCAGCGUCUAAAAACCCAACUCCACAACCUUUCCGUCCCCUUUAUAACAGAUUUCGAUGCCGCUCUAAAAGAAGCCGACUUCCUCGUCGAUGCCAUCUUUGGCUUCUCGUUCGGUGGACCACUCCGUGAUCCAUUCGGUGCUAUCGUCUCAAAAAUCGAAUCUUCCAAUGUUCCAGUGCUAAGCGUCGAUGCGCCUAGUUCAUGGGAUAUCCAGAGCGGUCCACCGAAGGAGGGGCCCGGUGCAAAGUUCAUGCCAAAGGCGCUGAUUAGUUUGACCGCGCCGAAGCCUUGUGUGAAGUUUUACUCAGGACGGCAUUUCAUUGGAGGUAGAUUUUUGUCUAAAGACAUUACAGAUAAGUAUGGGUUGGAUAUGCCCCCGUACCCGGGAAUCGAGCAGGUCUUAGAGGUAAAGGUGGAUGUAGAAGGAAGACUUUAG